AUGCUCUACGGUAAAGAGUAUCGAGUGGCUGUUCCGGCGCGUCUGCCCCCGGCAGGCUGUAGUUUGGACGGAGGCCUUUGCUUGGUUUGGGCUGCCCCGGUGACGGCUGGUGGUGAGGCUUCAUCAGCGGAUUUGGUUAUUCAGAGCUCCUCUCCUUGUUGUUUGCAUUCCGUAGCUACUCUGCGGUUUCUUGUAGAGUUUCAAUUCUCUGUGAGUGAUGGCCUCGUUGUUAGCUUUUGGUGGGGACUUGACGUAUCAUCAAAAGUAUCCAAUUCGGAGCAAGUAAGAAAACUGUACAAGAAGAAGCAAGAAGAAGGCAGCAAGGAAGAAGAGCAUGACAACGAACAAAGAUCUUUUGAACUUUUGCUUAUUUAA